AUGCCAUGGGUCUGGUUCCGCGCGCCUCUCGACUGGCACGCUAGCUUCGCAUGGGUGACUGAUCGUGAAACGCAGCAGCGGGUUUUGCAGCUCCCCUCGCAAUUGAAGAUUGACAUGUUAUCCGGUGAGUCUCGCGAGAGCGCAAUUUCGCCGUGCAUCUACAAGGACGAGAACGGGUCCCAGAGCAAGAAAACAAGACUAACCUUCUCCACCGUGACGAACUGCUUCAGGGACUAUCGGCCAGUCAACUCGCGGGGGUGA